AUUUGCAGAUGGAACAAAUAGAAUGGAUCGGGGGUGAAUCGAGGCAGACGAAUGAAGAGAGGAGUAAGCGAAGGGCUCGUCGGUGCUGCUUCCGAUUCCUCGGUUGUCGGAGACCACGAAGAAGAGCGGAGGCAUGAGGUAUCUCGCAGGCGGCUAAACCGUUUCUUUCUGAUCGAUGGGGCAGAGGACAUCUCUGGGGAUUGAUGAGGCCGAAGGAGAGAUGGGAUGUAGAGGCAGCGAGGCUUCUUCUUCUUGUCGGGCAGAUCGGUGUGGGUGGAAAGGGAAGGAGACGAUCUCCAAGGAACCUUCUUGGUUCGUACAUCUUGUAGCCGACCGAAGUCAAGCAAGUAGGGAGAAUCUCCGAAGCAUGGUUGGACCGAAUAAAGGGAAAGAGACGAAGCAGCGAACCUUUUCUUCUUCUUCUACUCUAUCAGUGAGGUGCGAAGGGGAGGAGAUUAGUGACUUCAGGUUAGUGUUUUUUUCAUUGUGUUCCACUGGGAGAAUGGAAAACGAAAAAGAACUCGAUCAAACUAAGGGAAGAAUGAACGAAAUGCAACAAUAUGGGUGUAUCGAUGGUGGGUUCCCACUGUCAACAGGGAGUAGGAAGGAGGUGGUUCGGUGGAAGGAAAUGACAGCAGUAGCAACUCACCUGGGGUGUUUGGUUGCUCGAUCGUUAACAGGUAGGCAUGAGGACAAGAACAGGAUGUUGAUGUGUUCUCUGUUGUUCUUGACUGGAAACGAAGGGAAGUAUGGGGGUGUUUAUAGUCCUUAUUCACAGCUUCAAUUGGGAAAGGAAGUCACGUUUCCUUUUGAAUUGAAGUGUAGCGUUGUAUAAUCUUUUGUGUGUAAGUUUGGAAUGCAGAUUUUUAGAAGUAAAUGAGGAAUUGGAAGUACUUGGCAAUCUCUAAAGGAUUGUGAGGCACAUCACUAAACUGCCCAAGUGUGAGAGUGUGUGUUUCUUGUAAUUGACUUAGUCGCAUGUGUAAUGAACUUUGUGUACAAUAAUUUUUUUGGGAAUGAUCUUGUAAAAAUCUAGUGUAUGUGUGUAAUCUUAUUUAAGUUGAAACUUGG